CUGCAGGCUGGAGGUGUUGUCGCCGGAUGCUGUUGGCGAAUAACCGGUACAAAUCUUAGUCUGUAUCGCUUUGGAAUAUAAUACGUCCAAUUUAGAACCAACUUCACCGCGCUCUCGAUUAUAUCAUAACCGGACACUUUUAUUUUGCUUCGAGCUUUUCUCUCUAGAGUCGUAUCUCAGUUCACAGGACUGUCAAACUCAGCUAGCCUCUCCCCGUUAGACGAGCUAGCUGGUUAACUUUAAUUCCAAAUGGCAUCGGUUGAGGAAAUGUCUAAUGCUGUGCCAGACGCAGUAGAGGACGUGAAGACAAACUAUGAGAAUGUGGAAGAAGAGCUUGAUAUGGAGCUGGAGGAGCCUCUGAGCGGCGGAUAUGUGUUUUACAGGGACAGGAAAGAGUGGGCAGAUCUGGAGCCUGUUCCUCAGGACGAUGGACCUAACCCUGUGGUAAAAAUAGCAUAUUCAGACAGAUUCACAGACGUUUACGAUUACUUCAGAGCCUUGCUGAAAAACGAUGAGAAGAGCGAGAGAGCUUUCGCCCUUACUGCCGAUGCCAUCGACCUUAACGCUGCAAAUUAUACAGUAUGGCACUACAGGAGAGUACUACUAAAGGCUUUGGAGAAAGAUCUGAGAAAGGAGAUGCAAUACAUCACUGCAAUAAUAGAAGACCAACCCAAGAACUAUCAAGUCUGGCAUCACAGGCGCAUGGUGGUUGAGUGGCUUAAUGAUCCAUCUGAAGAGCUGCAGUUCACAUCUGAGAUCCUCAUCCAGGAUGGCAAGAACUAUCAUGCAUGGCAGCACAGACAAUGGGUCAUUCAGGAAUAUAAACUGUGGGAUGGGGAGCUGGCAUACGUAGAGGAGCUGCUGGAGGAAGAUGUGAGGAAUAACUCUGCGUGGAACCAGCGUCAUUUUGUCAUCAGUCACACUACCACUUACUCUCCUGCCGAUGUGCUAGAGCGAGAAGUGCAGUACACCAUAAAACAAAUCAAGAGAGCACCACAUAACGAAAGCGCGUGGAACUAUCUGAAAGGGAUCCUGCAGGCUACAGGACUCUCAGCGCACCCUGGGGUGCUGCAGCAAGUACAGGAAAUUCAGGAGACGUGCUGCUCACCACACCUGCUUGGCUUCCUAGUGGAUUUCUAUGAGGAUGUACUUGAAACCAACAACAGUAACAACGAUACAGACACACUCAACAAGGCCUUGGAGAUCUGUGAGCUGCUUGCCCAGGAGAAGGAUACUAUCCGGCGAGAAUACUGGCGCUACGUGGCUCGCUCACUUCAGAGCAAGUACGGUUCAGAAGACAUCCACAAGGAGCAAGAGAUCCCCAGCAAUAACUUAUAGAAAUAAAGAUAGAUAAUGAACCAGAGAUCUGUAUAAAUGGCUAAAGGGAGUAAGACUCUUACUUAAACACAUACAAGAGUCACGCUGAACGGUGUGUUUUUGUAUUUUGGUUUUACCAUAUUGGUAAAGCCCAUUAUAAAUUUGCUGCAAGCCAAGUAAAGGAAGUAUAUAAAGCCUUUGUGUAGUUAUGCAAUGAGAAUUGAAGGCUGCAGUGAAUCAGUCUUAGUCUAAUAGCAAGGUGACAAGAAGUUUGGAAUUCCGACUCUGAAAAGAGAAAAAAGAAUAUUAUACGCCCAAUGCGCAAACAUGUACAAACCACUGUUGCCAAAAGUUUCCCUAGCAAACUCUGUAAAGUUCCUGUGUGUAUGGUUGUUUUUGUAUGCUUACAAUUAAAAGGCUUAACACAA